GCCUUCAAUCGGCGCAUGCGCAAUGCUGCUCAAAUCGACCAUAUGCGCUAAACGGUGACUACACACAGCAGUGCUAAGUGGGGGAAAUUAUUAUACAGUAACCAUGGGAAAGAAGCAGAAAAAUAAAGGAGAUGACGGUGCCAAAGACGACGUUGACAUUGAUGCCUUAGCAGCUGAGAUCGAAGGAGCCGGCGCAGCAAAGGAACAGAGCAAAGGCAAGGGCAAGAAGAAGAAAGGGAAGAAAGACGACUUUGAUGAGGAUGACAUCCUGAAAGAACUGGAGGAGUUAUCACUUGAAACCCAUGGUGGAAAAGCAAAAGAACCAGCAAAGAAAUCAGACUCCAUAGAGGACGUAGAGGCCGAGCCAGCACCGACCAAGGCAGACAAGAAGAAGGCCAAGAAGGGCAAGCGCGAGGACGAUGAGGGUGAAGAGGCUCAGAGUAAAGACGACAUGGAGAACGAGAGCAGGGCGAAAGGCAAAAAGGCACUGCCGGCUCCCGCUGCUGCUCCUGCUGCUUCAGAGUCUGACGACGAGUCUCAAUCGCAAAGCAAAGCCAAGCCCGUCAAGAAGGGCAGGCGGAAGGGUGCAUCCGACUCUGAGGAUGACGAUGAGGAUGGACAAGCAAAUAAAGGAGGAGGAGGCGACGAAGAGCAGUCAGACGACGAUUCCCAGGCCGCUCGCAAACAGAAGAAAAAGGCAAAAGCGAAAGCAAAGGCUGACAGUGAUAACGACGACGCAGAAGACGAUGGCUCCUUCAAAAUGAAGACGGCGGCACAGAAGAAAGCGGAGAAGAAGGAGCGAGAUAAAAAGAAGAAGGAGGAAGAGAGGGCCAAGAUGAAGGCGAAAAAGGAGAAGGAGGAAGAGGCUGCUAAGAAGGAAGUAACCAAGGUUACAGGAAAACCUGCUGCUGCUCCAUCCACAGAAACUAAGAAGACGGAGGUGGAGGAGAUAGACGGAGCCGAAGACCAGGGCGAAGAUGAGGGUGAGGGUGAGAAGAAGAAGAAGGACAAGGACAAGAAGAAAAAGAAAGGAGAAAAGGAAGAAAAAGAGAAAAAGAAAGGGCCAAGCAAAGCCGCAGUGAAGGCCAUGCAGGAGGCCCUUGCUCGGAUGAAGGAGGAGGAAGAGCGAGCCAAGAGGGAGGAAGAGGAGAGGGAGAGACGCCUGGCUGAACUGGAGGCCCAGAGGCUCGAGCAGGAGCGACUGGAAGCUGAGAGGAAGGAGAAGAAGAAGCAGAAGGACAAAGAAAGAAAAGAAAGGCUGAAGAAGGAGGGCAAGCUCCUCACCAAGUCGCAGAAGGAGGCUCGGGCCAGAGCCGAGGCCACGCUCCGUGCGCUGCAGGCCCAGGGUGUUGAAGUGCCAUCCAAAGACUCUAUGCCAAGGAAGAAGCCUGUUUACUCUGACAAAAGGAAAAAGAAGCCAACAGCACACACUCCUGAAGAGACCUCAGAAGUAGCUUCACCCACGUCGGAGGUGGCUGAACCCAUCGCCAUGGCGAUGGAAGUGAACGCCUCCAAGGAAGAGCCAGAGGCUGAAACUAAGGCUGAAGCUGCAGACCUAGAUGACUGGGAGGCCAUGGCCAGUGAUGAAGAAAGAGAGUUGAAGAAGGUGCACAUCGAAGUGAAGGAGACAGCAGCCACUCAGCCAGGCCACAAACCCUCUGCUCCUGCCGAACAGGAGAACGGUAGUGAAGAAGAGGACGAGGAAGACGAGGAGGAUGAAGAGGAGGACGAAGAGGACGAGAGCGAGGAAGAGGACGAAGAGGAAGAGAAGGACAGCCAGACAGCACAGGACAAGAGUGUGAAAGAAGAGAGCUCGGAGUCGAGCAGCGAGAGCGAUUCGGACGACGAGCGCACCAAAGAGGAGAGGAUGUACGACAAGGCCAAGAGACGCAUAGAGAAACGGAGACAGGAGAAUCUGAAGAACACCAACUUGGAGAAAUUGAGAUCUCCUGUGGUCUGUGUCUUGGGCCAUGUAGAUACAGGAAAAACAAAAAUCCUUGACAAGCUGCGACACACACACGUACAGGAUGGCGAGGCAGGUGGAAUCACCCAACAGAUUGGUGCCACCAACGUUCCCUUGGAAACCAUCAUUGAGCAAACCAAGAUGGUGAAAAACUUUGACAGGGAUAAUAUAAAAGUUCCAGGAAUGCUGAUUAUCGACACCCCAGGACACGAGUCUUUCAGUAAUCUGAGAAACCGAGGCAGUUCCCUGUGUGACAUUGCGAUCCUGGUGGUGGACAUAAUGCAUGGUCUGGAACCUCAAACCCUCGAGUCCAUCAACCUGCUGAAGGAAAAGAAAUGUCCCUUUAUUGUUGCUCUUAACAAGAUCGACCGUCUCUAUGACUGGAAGAAGAGCCCGGACACAGACGUUGUAGCUACGCUGAAGAAGCAGAAGAAGAACACAAAGGAUGAGUUUGAUGAGCGAGCCAAAGCCGUCAUGCUAGAGUUCGCCCAGCAGGGUUUGAAUGCAGCUCUGUUCUAUGAGAACAAAGACCCACGGACGUUUGUGUCACUGGUGCCCACCUCUGCACAUUCAGGCGACGGCAUGGGCAACCUGAUCGCCCUGCUGGUCGAGCUCACCCAGACCAUGCUGGCACGCAGACUGGCCCACUGCGACGAGCUCCGAGCACAGGUCAUGGAGGUAAAAGCUCUGCCCGGUAUGGGUACGACAAUAGACGUGAUCCUGAUCAACGGGUGCUUGCGUGAGGGCGAUACCAUCAUCGUGCCCGGUGUGGAGGGGCCGAUCGUCACUCAGAUCAGAGGACUGCUGUUACCACCUCCUCUCAAAGAGCUCCGGGUCAAGAAUCAGUAUGAGAAGCACAAGGAGGUGAAUACGUCUCAGGGAGUGAAAAUCCUGGGGAAGGAUCUGGAAAAGACUCUGGCAGGUUUGCCCCUGCUCGUGGCCCAUAAAGAUGACGAGAUUCCUGUACUGAAGGAUGACCUGAUCAGGGAGCUGAAGCAGACGCUGAACGCGAUUAAGCUGGAGGAGAAGGGUGUGUAUGUACAGGCGUCGACACUGGGCUCACUGGAAGCUCUGCUGGAAUUUUUGCGCACAUCCAAAGUGCCUUAUGCUGGCAUUAAUAUCGGUCCUGUUCACAAGAAAGAUGUAAUGAAGGCAUCUACAAUGCUGGAACAUGACCCACAGUACGCAGUGAUACUGGCAUUUGAUGUGAAGAUUGAGAGAGACUCUCAGGAGAUGGCCGACAGUCUUGGCGUGAGGAUUUUUAGCGCCGAGAUCAUUUACCAUCUGUUCGACGCCUUCACCAAAUACAGAGAAGACUACAAGAAACAGAAGCAGGAGGAGUUCAAGCAUGUAGCAGUGUUCCCGUGUAAGCUGCGCAUCCUGCCUCAGUUCAUCUUUAACUCCCGAGACCCUAUAGUCAUGGGGGUGACUGUGGAGGCAGGGGUAUUAAAGACAGGCACCCCGCUGUGUGUACCUAGCAAAGCGUUCGUGGAGAUUGGCAUCGUGACCAGUAUCGAGGUGAACCACAAGCCAGUGGAUACUGCGAAGAAAGGGCAGGAGAUCUGCGUGAAGAUCGAGCCGAUUCCCGGAGAAUCGCCCAAGAUGUACGGCCGACAUUUCGAGGCUGUAGAUAUCAUCGUUAGCAAGAUUACCCGUCAGUCCAUUGACGCUCUGAAGAACUGGUUCCGAGACGAGAUGCAGAAGUCGGACUGGCAACUAAUCGUGGAAUUGAAGAAAACUUUUGAAAUCAUCUGAGCACACACAAUGACUUUCAAACUGACCUACAUGCUGAGACCACACACACACACACACACACACACACACACACACACACACACACAGACAGUUGUACACAUUGCCGAGUCCAUCUGACUUCUUCGGUCUAAGUGUUGCUGUUGUUUUACAUAUACAUACACACACACACACACACACACAAACAGAGGGUGAGUGUGUGUGUGUGUACGGGGUUGAGACAUGCUCCUCCCUGUUUUCCCUCCAUCUCCUCCCUUUUGAGCGAUGGAGACGACAGAAAAAGGAAAAAAAGAAAAAGGAGAAAAAAAAAGUUUUUCUGUGAGAAACUGAAACUAUUACCACUGUUUUUUAACAGUGACCGUUAGAGAAACAUUUACACACUAUUCCAAUCGUGCCUCUUACUGAUCAACCGGUUUAGUUUCCCUAAAGAAUGGAGCUGCUUAUAACGAAACUUUAGUGGAAUAAUAGGUCCUUUCCCCCGAAAAUGCUAACAUGGUUAAUAACCUGUGAAAAUGAACGAGAAGCCAUUAUUAUCGAAUGCUAAUCGGCUGCUGAUGGCUUUCACAAAUUCACCGCGACGUUACCAUGUUUGGGUUAAGGUGUAGUGCCAGUUUCGCGGGCUCGGUUUCAGCCGGUCAUUGUGUGAACCUUAGUGUCCGUGGUGAUGACACUCCAUCAAAUCGCACAGUACAAGUGUGUGUAUUAAAAAGGAAAGCAAGUGGGGAAUUUCACUUGAUUUUGUAAACAUUAAACAAGGAUUUUAGAGAUAAGUAAUUAAGCCUGGUCAGUGUUUUUUCCCUUCCUUUUCUUUUCUUUUAAAAUUUUUCCGCUCAUCGUCCCUGGAAUGCAAUGUCUUUUACGCUCCUCUGUGAAUGAAACCCAGGUUCUGUGGUAUUUGUUGCAAGGCCAUUGCUUACUACACUUGAUGCCUGUCUUUACUGACAUUGUGUGCAAAGAAUUUCCCCGAUUUAAAACAAAAUAAGAUUGGAGAUUUAAUUACCAAUAAAGUGAUAGCAAGAGUUGUAUUUCAGACGUGUUCUCUAGUUUCUAAAAUUGUUUCCAUCUUCACCUGCAGAAGGGAAACGAAAGCAUGGGUUUAAAACGGCACACUGAACCAGUAUUUACUGUAUACUACACACUUUUCCACUCUGGUACUGUAUAAGUAUGCAGUAUGUCAGAUCUAAAGGAAAUCAUCCCCCCUGUUUAUAUUGACACAACUGUAACGUGAUUGUGGACAAAUUCUUGGUGCUGCAUUUUUGUUUUUUGUUGGUUUUCUGCUGUGCUUCUGUCAACAAAAUAACAAGAGCCUCUGUCACCAUUUGCUGAGAUCAAUUUCCCAGUGAAACCACUGAACAGCAUUGUGGGUGAUGUAGGAAAAGUACAAAACUAAAACCGGUCGUUGAAAAUUGAACCAAAUCUUUCGUACACAGACAUCAUGUAUUCAUUCUAAAUAUUGUAAUCAAUUUGUUCAGGGUGGAUCAUUUCCUUUUGAACUUGAUGAUAAUACCUGAUAUGACUACCCAGCUACCAAUUUUUGCUUCAUUUUUGCUUUCAUUUGUUUUCAUUGCUUUCAUUGUUUUUUUCCCCUUUUUUUUAGUUCCUCAAGUUUUCUUUAAUGUUCAUGUGUUGUGAAUGGCUCAGAGAACAUUCCCUUAACGUCCUCAUUGUAACCUGUAAAUGAAUUUGAGAACUGUUCUGGAAACCUUUUAAAAUAUUUGUACCCCUUGUGAAACACACACACACACACAAACCUGGGAGUUUUUAAGGAAGGUUCCUGAAACGUCAGGGGGGAAUGUUCUCUGAACCAGCGCUAUACAAACCUGUCUUUAAACUGCUGCAAAACUGAUCGGUUGUCAUAAGGUACUUGUUAUAUUGUAUCUAAUAAAACAAGACAGGCACAAAAA